UGAGGUCCCGGGGGAAGCCGCCGUCCCCGGCUGGCGCCGUCCCGGAGCAGAGCGGAGCGGAGCUCUCGCGGCACCGAGGCCCACGGUUAGGGCGAAACACGGGCGGUUCGGGUCGGCUCGUGCUCCCCUGGAGGAGCCGGGGCUGCUCUGAGUCCUCCCCUCGGGUUUCUCUCGUUGCCUGGGCCGCGGUGAAAGGAACGCUGCGUCCUCUUGGCCUCCCAGGGCGCUGGGGGCUGCAAGCGCUCUCGUUUGUCUCAAACAGAUUUUCCAUAAAUGGUUCCUAGUUACGAAAUGAGGAACUUGGAAGCAACUUCCUCAGAGUGGAUUUCCUUCCGUGUUAGAGUAAUUAAAGAGCCCGUCUUAUCCCCCUUAAUGCUCUCAGCAGGGUGCACAUUACAGCAGCAGGGGCAACGUGCAUAAAGGCUGCAGCUUGGCUCCUGCAGGCUACGGUAUCGGUUCUCCUCCUUCCUUUACAGCCCUGCCGGAAGGAUGGCGAUGUCUUCCCUGGCUCCACAGGUCUUUGCAACAAGUCUGAAAGUCCUAACUUCCUUUUCUUAAGCCGAUAAGAACUCCUAGUCACACGAAGUGGCUACAUUGCUGCCUUAAGGGUUUCGGCUCUAGUCCAGAGUGCUUUACUGCUCUGGUUGUCCAAGCGUUCUUCCAGCGUGGGUAUUCUUCUCCCGUAACUGCUGAGCAGAGACGGUUUCGUUGUAGUGUUCCGCUGUGGGGACAAGUGGCGAUGCGUACAGAUGGGUCACGCUCUUGGGGGUGUCCGCGGCUGCAGCGCCGGGGUCACCGCACAGACGGCGGUUGCAGCCAGACUGCAGCCUGUUUACCCACAUAACUUGUUUGCAUCCUGGGUGUAGGACUGCGAGAGUUUUUUAAACUUCUGAAGUUGUGAGCGUAUGGAACUGUCUGCUCACACCUUUGGUUUUGCUCUUGACAGUUAAUGCCUUGUAGGUGAACUGCAGGCCAGGGUUAUGUCACAAGCAAAAAAAAAAAAAAAAUCCUACAUCUCCAAACUGCUGAGUCCCUGAAAGGCAGCGGACUGUUUCCAGAGUCCUUCAUCCCCAGAGCUGUGAGCCAGUGGCAGGGAUCAGGCGAGACGAGAGUUCUCUGGGACACUCUUACAAAGCAACCAGUGCAGUGGCAUUAUCAUUAUCUGGACGUCCCCUUGCUUCCGAAUUACCGAGUGGUGUCAGAGGGCAGCGCUCGGCCUCCGGAAGCGUCAGUGAGUCACCAGUUCCUCCUUUGCUGCUGAUGUGCCCACCCACUCCCCUGCUGCUGCCCUGGGAACUGUCUGAGCCCCGUUUAUUUCUGAUUCAGCCUCCUGAGCUCCCGUUGUACGUGCAGAGCAGCAGCACAGCUUGAGCCGGUUUAAGCAGUUCUGGCUCCCAGUUCUUACAGUGUAGCAGCGUUUGUAGCUGCAUAGUGAACCGGAUCAGUGAACUGAUCUGGCUGGAAAAUAGCCCUGCAGAAACGGUUAUUAACUGGAUCAAAUUCCAACUGAGUUUGCCCUGUGGCUGCACAAGCCUUCCCUUGCACCACGAGGGAAGAAGGAAGGGUGGGGACUGCUCGAAUUGGCACUGCUGCGUGUCCACGGCUGCGCUGUGGUCUAAUGGACGUCAGAAGCCAAUUAGCUCAUCAUAGUUAGCUCUGGCUAACUCUGGUUUCACUAGUGCCGUAGGAUCUUGAUCCCGGGGUAUGAAGAAGUUGCUGUUUACCGCUGUCUGCCUGAAAACAAAUAGGGUCGUGUUCCUAGCAGUUUUUCUGUCUGGCAGAAGGUGGAGCUCUUGCAUUCCCUGCUGCCAGCUUCUCGGUCCUGCGCGAAAAAUGCUGAGAAUCCAGGAGGAGCUGCUGACUUGAGGAAGCAAUGAUGGCAGCUGAGUGCAAAUUCCCAGGUGGGAAGCAAUUCAGCCUCCUGCUGUCUUCUGCAGGCUUCUGUGACCUGCAAGGAUCUGAGAAGCACCCAGGGCUGCUUCCCUAGAUGUCUCUCCACGGCUGAGGAGCCCGUCUCCUGUAAUUUGCUUGUGAGGGCUGGGAGUCCCUUCCCUGCCAGCUGUGGCAGAGCUGACAGUGGGUCUGUGCCUCUUCUAGAGCAGCAGGCCUCUCAGAAGCCGCAGAGGCACUAGCUCUAGCGUUCUGCAACUCGGCUGAGUCUUGAGAGCUACUGUGCAGAGGUGCUGAGCAGGGCACCCGAGCAUCUCCUGAGUGUCAAAAGGAGCUGAAGAGGAAUUUCCUUCCAAACACCUCAGAGCAAUGCCUGAGGUUUGAGGUCUUGAGCUCCUGCAAGGCAGCUGCGCUCAGCUGCAGGUCAGCAGUGUAGCAGGAAGGCUUUCAUUAAGGAGCUGAGCCCUUUGAAGGACUGUCUUGCAGGUCCCUUCUCCUCUGUGUAUUGGUGAGUGCUUGCUGCAGGUCUUGGCAUGGCAUAGAUGGGAUACACAAAUGCAGUUCUCUCCUGGCAGUUCACAUGCAAUCAAGUCCCUUGGCUUCACUUUGUCUGGCAAUGUCAUGGCUGGUCUUUCACAUGCCUAGAAAAGCUCUGGUUUACUAAUCCUGAGCUGUAAUAAAUGCUUUGUCCGAGAAGUCUGAAGGGUGAGGUUGAGGCCCUCAUAAAAGUUUUGAUGCCAUGAGGAGUCUCCUUCCUCUCUGGCUCCAUGUUUGGAGAAGUAGCCGAGGCGCUGUGACCCAUGGUGAUGAAAUGCAGUGCUCUGUGUGUAAGGGGGCGGCUGGCUGGCCACAGCCUGGCCCCUGCCGGCUCUGUCGCAGAGUGCCUUGGCCCUCGCAUCCAGCUGGGGUGCAGGAGCCCGCUCCUCUCGGGAGUGCUGCAGCAGUGGCUUUGGUGCAGCCUGGUCAGAGAUGUUCUUCUGACUGCUGCUCCUGGGGAAGCCUGUUGGAAGAGAGGAAGUGGUAUUUCUCCAGGGCUUCCUCAGAGAGCUAAACCCUGGCCUGGCCUGAGCUGCUGGUUGGAGUAGUGCUUUGUGUUGGUCUGAGGAGCCAUUUUCGGUGUCUGGUGGGCUUCUGUUGUUUUAGAGAUCCUGUGAGGACUGGGGUGGUUCUUGAUUAAUCCGUGUGGUGGUGUGCAUGGUUGUUUCUUUAGCCCUGGAUCAAGACUAGAGGCAUAGGAACACAACCGAAGAGCUGGGGAUUUGCUUUUUCAUUUGGUUUUUUUUUUUCUUCUGUGCCUUCUACAGCAUGGUUGUUGCUAAAUAUCUGUUUGUGGGAAGGGUUACCCUGACAGAGUUGAUGAAGAUUGAGCGCUGUUGAUGUGUGGGAGGAAACUGUUGCCCCGUCUGUUACAUCUAGAGGUUGGUUAUCGAUGGCUCUAUAUGUGGGUGAGACCAAACUAAUGCAUUUCUUAACUGAUCAGGAUGGGAUACCUGAUCCUGAAAAUCGGCUGCUAUAUCAGCUGGUAGAAAUCAGUACUGUUUAAUGCUAAGGCUGUUCCUCUGUGGAGUGCAGCGAUCUUCCAGACCUGACCCUGCUGUCCAGAGCUGCGCUGUGGUUGGUACAUGCUCUGUUCACCUUGCAGUGCUGAUCCUUCGCUGCAUGCACAGUGCUGGCUUCGGCGAGCUUUGUUUGCUCGAGGAGAGGCUGUGCUACAGCUCCUGUGGCCUGUCACUUGCAGGUGCUUAUGAGGCCAUUUGCUAGAAGUUUUGUCUCUGCUUGGUCUGAAAAUUGGAAGGUGGUAUACACCUAUGGACGCUAAUGCCAUGGAAAGGGACCUGGCACCGUCAGGGAUGUGCAUGUGGAUGGAUACUGGUGGAUCGUCUGUCACGUGGGUAUCUGUUUGUUAUAUUCAGGGUUUCAAAGAGGGCUCAAUCGCAGGGAGUUUGGGAGUCAACAGAAGUCAGUGACUUGGGACUUUAGUUCUUUAAAGCUCUCACUGAAAGUCUGUCACUUCCAUUUCCUGAAAGCUACAGGCGUCUUAGGAGGGACGUCCAGGAGUUCUUCAGCAUAGGGAGAGAGAAUGACCUGUAGUGCCUGGGAGGUGAAAUCUAGCCCAGAGGUGAGGCAGAGGACUGCAAUAAGGGGAUCAAGCAGUAGAACGGAUGCUUGAGUGAGUGUUUGCUCAACACUUCUGAGAGUCUGCAAGGCUGGAGGCUUUUUUGGUCAGGAGCACAAAGGAAGUGACUGGGUUUGAUACGGAGAUACCAGGGUGAGAUCUAGUCAGUUGUUCAUGUAUGACAUGAGAUUAAAUGGCCUUUUGAAUACAAAUUUCCACGACAUUCAGUGCCAGGAUAUUGGAGGAUGCCAUGCAGAAGGGCCAGCUGUUUGUUGUAAAGUGUAGGGGUCAGUACCAGCAGUUGUUGGGAGUAGUAAGUGCGAAGGUACAACGGGACAAACUCCCCUACACAGACACACUUGUGCCACGCAGGGCCAAAGCCCUUGUGAUAACCCCAAAGUAUCACAUCAUCCUCCCACCUUUGUCUGGUGAUAAAUCUUAGUCAAGCUUUAAUACCCAGAAACACCAGUUGCAUCCAUUGCAAGUACCCUACCCCCAGGACACGCUGAGAGCCGUGCCAGCCCCUCCGGGGAAGAGCUGCCAGCCCAGGACAAGCCAGCACGUCUGUUCCCAGGUUUGACAGCGGGCCAGGAGUGGGUCCCCACCGGGGGCCUGGCUGCAGCUCCACCUCAGCACCAGCUCCGUGGGAGCCGGGGCCAGCGCCUCACCCGAGAGUCCUGGCAGCAGUGUAACUCGUGUGUGUGAGGAUGGCAGAGCAGGAGCCGACGGCAGAGCAGCUGGCCCAGAUUGCAGCUGAAAAUGAGGAGGACGAACACUCUGUCAACUAUAAGCCACCUGCCCAGAAGAGCAUCCAGGAGAUCCAGGAGCUAGACAAGGAUGAUGAGAGCCUGCGCAAGUACAAGGAGGCACUGCUUGGUGCUGUCACCGUGACUGCAGAUCCCAAUGCUCCAAAUGUGGUGGUGACCAAGCUGACUUUGGUCUGUGCUACUGCUCCUGGCCCUCUGGAGCUGGACCUGACAGGUGACCUGGAGAGCUUCAAGAAGCAAGCGUUUGUGCUGAAGGAGGGUGUGGAAUACCGGAUAAAAAUCUCCUUUAGGGUUAACAGGGAGAUUGUGUCAGGGUUGAAGUACAUUCAGCACACAUUCCGGAAAGGCGUGAAAAUUGACAAGACCGAAUACAUGGUUGGGAGCUACGGCCCCCGAGCAGAGGAGUACGAGUUUCUGACCCCCAUGGAAGAAGCCCCUAAGGGCAUGCUGGCCCGGGGCAGCUACAACAUCAAAUCCAAGUUCACAGAUGAUGAUAAGACUGACCACCUGUCCUGGGAGUGGAACCUGACCAUCAAGAAGGAUUGGAAGGACUAGCCCUUCCCAAGGCCAAACCCCAGAGAGCGUGAAUCAGACAGUGGCUACCGUAGAAAUCCCCCCCUGUACCAAAGUGCUGACAUUGGAACCCUCUUACCCUUCACCCCCUGUUAUAAUUUGACCAGAGAGCUCAGUUGUGUAAUGUGCCCCCUCCCCAGAGAAUCACUGAGUGCAUUGACCAAACCGUGCUGUCUGCAUCUGGUCUCCAGCUGCCCGUCCCAGGGCCAUGCUGUCCCAGCACAGAGGUGGGAGCGCUUGCUCCCUCACCAGGCCCUUUGCUGCUUCUCACCUGCCUUUAUUCGGGUAGGUGCUGAAGGGGAGAGACUCCUAUGUUCUGUGUAGGAUCCUCUGCUUGGCUUUCCUGUGCACAGCUCAGGGUAGCUACUGCCUCCAAGUAGCUGAAGAACUUUGAUGCCAGGCAGCUAUUGAAUCCGUUUGUUGGCUAAAAUCAUGUCUGCCCUGCCCCUUCCACCCCGUCAGUGUCCUGGGAACGCUGGCAGCUUCAUUUGUGGAUGUUCCCUGUAACCAUGAUGCCUUAAUGUGUAACAUGUAUCCUCUAGGGAGGGGGCCCUGCCCUUGUUACACUUUUUAAAUGCCACCCACCCUCCCCCUGUUUGUUGGCAUGGCACUCAUCUUGGUCACGCCCCUCAUGGGUUAUUAGGAAAGAUUCACAACUUCCCGCUUUGCUGCUGGUCCGUUCCUCACCUGAGACGGGACAUCUCCAGAGGGGAGGGUGGUGUGAUAUCCUGGGUGACGCCUGGCCACCCCUCCCAGUGUCCAGAGAGCUGGCCUGGCAGGACCCCUGGCCCUGUUUGCGUAGAGCUCCGAACUCUCUGGCAGCCUCAGAGCCUCCAAGGCAUAGAGGGGGUUACAAGGCAGGUGGGUGCAGGAGUCACCAGUGUUGCCAUCACCUCACACUUCUCAUUGCAGCCAAGGUAGCUGCAAAGCACUGAAAUUCCAGGACAGCACCUGCCCUCCUGGCUGUUUUGGGCUGAGGAUGGACUAGUCUGUUUCUGCAGCUGCUCUCCUGAUGCGAUCAACAAAGAGCUUGCAAUGGACAAGCAUUCAGAAGCGGUUAAUGCCUUAUGUAUCUGUUCUGCCUUUAAAAUCUGUGCCUGGCCUGUCAGUAUUUAUUGCCUUGACACUCGACUCCCCUGCCCCGUGCCCGUAGCAGACCCCUGCAGCACGCCAGCCUGCCACCCACGGCUGCACUGACACGGCGUUCGGGGCGCAGGAGCCCUCGGGGGCCCGUGAACCCCUGAGGGCUGGGCAGGCACGUUCCAGCUCCACAGCCCUCUUAUUUGGAUCCUACCACGUUGAGGUCGUAUUAGAACUGGGACCAAGUACAUGUGGCUUUCUCGUAGCUACGUCUUUGCCUCUAACUCUCCCUUGCCCUGCCCCUAGAGAGAUUUUUGUUAAUUUGAUUUGGUGCAUAUUGUCUGUAAAUCCUAGACCCGGGUUAACAGGUUUGGAAUCAUCGUCUGCUUCUCCUUUUAUGACAGUUAAAUAAAAUCUUUGAACUGAC